AUGUUUGAAAAAAUUAGUAGCAACAUGAAUAGUUUUAUAGUUAACCAGCGGUACAUACUAGUGUAUCCCAGCUUAGUUUUUGGUGGAGCCGUCAUGAGGCUUUUAGCUGGAAGUGAAAGGCUUGAGAGUGUCAGGAAAAGUUGGUAUUUAUUAACUGAGGGAAAUAUGGUGAACUAUUUAUUUGUAAUUAAUGGAAAUAACGUUUGGUUGGUGCUAUAUAUAUUGAUGGCAGGCGUUCAGUGUUACAUUAGAACCAAAGAAUCUGACUCUUUGCCACUUGGUGGUUCGGUUCCAGGGUCUAGUUCAAGAGAACGGUACACAAUAUUCUUAUGUUUGGUCAAGCAGUUUAUUGUGAAGUUAGCAUUGAAGAUGGUUCUUCUCGAUAGAAUUUUUUGGUUGAUUGACCAUGUAUUUAUAUGGACUGGGGGAAGGUGUACUGUGAGCGACACGAAAAGUUCUAUGGAAUGCUACAGAUUACAUGGGAAAUGGGUAGGGGGGUUUGAUAUUAGUGGUCAUUUUUGCUUUGUGACAAAUCUUAGUUUGAUACUAUGGUGUGAAUUAUUUAGUUUGGAGCAAUAUUUGAGUGCUAACGAAAUACGUCUGAGGAAACGCCUUAUCUGGAUUAAAUAUAUGAUUUUGCUCGCUCUAGUGACAUGGAUAUUUAUUUUGUGGGUAACAGCGUUAUUUUAUCACACACUUCUAGAAAAGGUGCUAGGUUUGAUAUUAGGGUAUGUGUGUCCUGUUGUGAUGUAUGCGAUAAUUCCUUAUUAUCCGAAGUUACAAAGGAUCUUAUACUGA